UACCGCGCGCCCCCGGAGCGGCCGCACUGAUUAGCAAAGCAAAGUGUAGUUUCCAGAGCCCGUCAGCGAGAUGCGAAGGACUGCGUUUUAAUUACACUUUACAACAGCGGACACGCACGGAUAAAAUAGCGCAAGUAUUCGGAGUGGAGGUACAUUUCGAGGAGUUGUUCGGAGGCGAGCGGCGGGAGGGAGAAGGAUACACAUUAAUUCAGUGGGAAUGCGGGGAAUUAAAUAGAUACUUAGGUAUUUUGUGGCUACAAGUGUGUGUGGCUCUGCAACCCAUCCUGAGAGCAGACGGAAAGCUUUAGUCCCACUUACGACUGACUUCAGCGUUCACGUCUGGAGUGGUAAUGUCUUGACUCGGUGGUCUCUCCAGCCCAGUAAAGGACGAGCCUGUGCAGAGUUGCUGCUAAUGGGAACUCCUGCUCCACCAUGAGUGCUCGUGAUGGCGUCGGGGGCAUGGGCACCCUGGGCCGGCGGCCGCGCUUCGAGAACUCAGAGUUCACCGUGCGCAUCUACCCUGGCUCCCUGGCCGAGGGCACCAUCUACUGCCCGAUCAGCGCCCGCAAGACCACCACAGCAGCUGAGGCCAUCGAACGAGUCAUUGAGCGCCUGCAGCUGGACCGCACCAGGUGUUAUGUUCUGGCUGAAGUGAAGGAAUUUGGCGGGGAAGAAUGGAUUCUCAACCCCAGCGACUGCCCCGUGCAGCGGAUGAUGCUCUGGCCCCGAGUGGCACUAGAGCACCGGCCACUGUCUGGCGGAGAAGAUUACCGCUUUCUUCUCAGGCAGAAGAACCUGGAUGGCUCGAUUCACUAUGGGGGCAGCCUCCAGAUGUGGCUGCAGGUCACAGAGGAGCGCCGGCGCAUGGUGGAACGUGGCCUGCUGCCACAGCCCGAGGCUCAGGGGGACCACGCAGAUCUUUGCUGCCUGCCGGAGCUCAACGAGCGCUCGCUGCUGGACAACCUGCGCUCGCGCUUCCGCCAGGAAAAGAUCUACACGCAUGUCGGAAGCAUUCUUAUCGUCAUUAACCCCUUCAAGUUCCUGCCCAUCUACAACCCCAAGUAUGUAAAGAUGUAUGACAACCACACGCUGGGAGAUUUGGAGCCACAUAUUUACGCGGUGGCGGACGUGGCGUACCACGCCAUGCUGCAGAAGGAGAGAAACCAGUGCAUUGUUAUAUCUGGGGAGAGUGGAUCUGGGAAGACGCAAAGCACAAACUUUCUCAUCCAUCAUCUGACCGCUCUCAGCCAGAAGGGUUUUGCCAGUGGAGUGGAGCAGAUCAUCCUGGGGGCCGGGCCAGUACUAGAGGCAUUUGGGAACGCAAAGACAGCCCAUAAUAACAACUCGAGUCGCUUUGGCAAGUUCAUUCAGGUGAACUACCAGGAGAGCGGCACUGUGAGAGGAGCAUAUGUGGAGAAAUACCUGCUGGAGAAGUCGAGGCUGGUCUAUCAGGAGCACAAUGAGCGAAACUACCAUGUAUUUUACUACCUGCUGGCAGGAGCAAGUGAAGAAGAGAGGAAAUCCUUUCACCUCAUGAAGCCUGAAGAAUACCAUUACCUCAGUCAGAUGCCAAAGUCAACCCACCAACUGCACUGGGACAGUUACUGUGAUAGUGAACCGGACUGCUUCAAUGUUGAAGGAGAAGACCUGAAGCAUGACUUUGAGAGGCUUCAGCAGGCCAUGGAGAUGGUGGGCUUUCUCCCUUCCACGCGCAAACAGAUCUUCUGCCUGCUUUCCGCCAUCCUUCACCUGGGAAACAUCCGCUACAAGAGGAAAACCUACAGGGAGGACUCGAUAGACAUCUGUAACCCAGAGGUUCUGCCUGUCGUCUCAGAACUACUGGAGGUGAAAGAAGAGAUGCUGUUUGAAGCUCUGACGACACGGAAGACGGUCACUGUCGGAGAGAAGCUUAUUGUUCCCUACAAACUUUCAGAGGCCGGUACGGUGCGAGACUCCAUGGCGAAGUCCCUGUACAGUGCUCUGUUUGACUGGAUCGUCUUCAGGAUCAACCACGCUCUGCUCAACAUUAAAGACCUGGAGGAGACCACCAAGAUCUUGUCUAUUGGAGUGCUCGAUAUCUUCGGAUUUGAGGAUUAUGAAAACAACAGCUUCGAACAGUUCUGCAUCAACUUUGCUAACGAACGUCUCCAGCACUACUUCAACCAGCAUAUCUUCAAGCUUGAACAGGAGGAAUACAGGGCAGAGGGCAUCAGCUGGCACAACAUCGACUACAUCGACAACACAGGCUGCAUCAACCUGAUCAGCAAGAAGCCCACAGCGCUGUUCCAUCUCCUGGACGAAGAGUGCAAUUUCCCUCAGGCCACCAACCAGACCCUGUUGGAUAAGUUCAAGCGGCAGCAUGAGGGGAACAGCUACAUCGAGUUCCCUGCUGUCAUGGAGCCCGCCUUCAUUAUCCGACAUUAUGCCGGCAAGGUCAAGUACGGGGUCAAGGAUUUCAGGGAAAAGAACACAGACCACAUGCGUCCAGACAUCGUGGCUUUACUGAAGAGCAGCAAGAACGCCUUCAUCUGCGGGCUGAUGGGCAUCGAACCCUCUGCCACUUUCCGCUGGGCGGUACUCCGAGCCUACUUCAGGGCCCUGGUGGCUUUCAGAGAGGCCGGGAAGAGACACACGCAGAAAAAGCCUGGGCAUGAUGACGCUGCUCCCUGUGCAGUUUUGAAAAGUGUGGAUAGUUUUAGCUUUCUGCAGCACCCUGUGCAUCAGAGAAGCUUAGAGAUCCUGCAGAGAUGCAAAGAGGAGAAGCACAGUGUGACCAGAAAGAGUCCUCGAACCCCACUAUCAGACCUUCAAGGAAGCAACACCAUCAAUGAGAACUCACCACGGAGUUCUCCGGGCCUUGGCUGGAACGGGCGCGUGGGUCGACUCCGAUGCCUUUCUACCAGCAGCUCCACCACAGAAGAAGACGGCAUCUUUGUCAACUCUGCCAGUAGCAAACUCCUUGAGAGAGCCCACGACAUCCUCAUGAGGAACAAAAACUACAAAUCCAAGUCAGUUCUUCCCAAGCAUUUACUGAACGUCAGGUCACUGAAGUACCUGAGCAACCUGACGCUUCACGACCGCAUCACCAAGUCGCUGCUGCACCUCCACAAGAAGAAGAAACCACCCAGUAUCAGCGCUCAGUUCCAGGCCUCCCUCAACAAGCUCAUGGAGACUCUGGGUCAGUCUGAGCCUUAUUUUGUCAAGUGCAUCCGUUCCAAUGCUGAGAAGCUGCCCUUGAGGUUUAAUGAUAACCUGGUGCUGAGGCAGCUGCGAUACACAGGUAUGCUGGAGACUGUGCGCAUCCGCCAGUCGGGCUACAACAUCAAGUACAGCUUCAAGGAUUUUGUCCAUCACUUCUAUGUGCUGCUCCCAGAGGGCACCAGUGCCACCAGAGAGGGAAUCCAGCAGAGCCUGGACCAGCAGGAUCUAGAACCAGAUGGCUACCAAGUGGGAAAGACAAUGGUGUUUCUGCGGGAGGCUGAGCGUCAGCAGCUGCAGGCCCUGCUCCACACUGAAGUUCUCAGACGCAUCGUCACGCUGCAGCGGAGAUUCAGAGCCCGGCUGGAGAGGAAGCAGUUUGCCAGAAUGAGAGCAGCAGCGAUCUGCAUCCAGAAAUGGUGGCAUCUGUACCGGCCUAUAGAAGAAGAGGAGGAGGAUUAUGACCCUAGCGUCCAGGAGGGGGCAGCUCUGUGUCUGCAGACAAACUGGCGAGGUUACAGGGAGCGUCAGAGGUUCAGGCUGUGGAGGGAGGCAGCUGUGGUGCUGCAGAGGGCCUGGAGGUUAUGGCUGUCCCGGCGCUGCACCGCCGCCCUGGUGAUCCAGACGGCCUGGCGCUGUCAUCAGGCCAGAGAUGCCUAUCUGCGUCUGUACGCAGCUGUGGAGCAGCUACAGGCGCUUAGCAGAGGCUUCCUCGCGAGGCAGAGCUUCAGAAAACUGAGAGAGGAGAGGCUGAGGGAGAAGAAGGAGCAGCAGCAGGAGAAGCUGCUUCAACUACAGAAUGGCCAGAUGAGUCCCUCACAAGAGGAAGAGGAGGUCUCCCCUGAGAGGAUCAUGGGUUUGGACCUCAGCACGUGGGAGGAUCGCUCCUACAAGCAGCGAGAAAGGAGCCUGCAGGUCCUCAACAGCCAUGAGGGCGCAGUGAAAGAGGAAGAAGAAGGACGAGAACAUUCUGGGACCAGCGGGAGUCCCUCUAAAGUGCAAACUGAAGCACCGGACUCGAUGCAGACCUCGACUGUGGUGGUGCGAGAGAGGUCCAGAACUAUAGACGAGCCCAGCCAGAAAACCACUCGGGCCAAGAGGGAGAGCCGGCGGAUGAGAGAGUUGGAGCAGGCCAAGUUCAGCCUGGAGCUCCUGAAGGUCCGGGCGACCAGCGGGGGGGCCUCGUCCCCCUCGGAGGAGCGACGCUGGUCCCUGGAACUGGUGCCUCCUGCGACCCCGCCUCUUCGCUCCCCGCAAGGCACGCCCGACAGCCAGAGCUCCAAAGGCAGCUUCGAGCUUCUCAGCAUGGAGGACGAGCCACCCAAGGCUGUAGAAGAGAUCACAGACAGCGAGGACCUCUGCUCCCCUGUUCUCCCAGUAGCUCCUGUACCUGAAUUUAAUAUGGAUAUUGUUUCAUCAAGCCGAAUGCCAGUUGAACCCCGCAGGACUGAGGUUUCUGAUGCUGUUGUGCAUCCAGGAAGCAAGACCAAAAUGGAUCUACCUGCCCCCUCUGCUCCCACACAUCCGCCCAAACUCGAGAACUACCUCCCUACCUUUUACGUCCCUGCUAGUGAGGGCAGCACAGUCGUGUCCCGUCGUCCUGCUGAAGAGCCCAAACCAAAAACAGAGGUUGUCUCCAGCACCACUGUUACCAGGCCUUUUAAAGAGGGGCGGGAGUCAUUGCGUCGACCAGUGGUGGUGGUUAUCAGCAUGCAGAAAGAAACCCCGAUAAGCCAAGAGCUGAGCGAUAUUGUCCGUCCCCUUGUGAAGGUUCGGGAUUCUGCAGCCCAGACGGGGGAGAAAUCAGACCCCACCCCUGUGCCUCGAGCUGACCAGGCCAUCAUAGAGAAGCUAGUGCGACUGAACGAGGAGAAGGAGGUGAGGCAGCGGAAUCAGCGGCAGCAGAAUGAGAAGGAGAUGAUGGAGCAGAUCAGACAGCAGAAAGAAGCUCUGGAGCAGCAGCGUCUUUUGUUCGCUCAGUAUGAGAGAGACAUGUUUGAGAAACAGAGAGGAGAAGCUCUGCAUAAGAUCCAGCAGAGUCGACAGGGCGGAGCAGAUGUUGGUGGAGGUGCGACCUCAGUGAAGCCCAUUAGACCCAGCUCCCUGCUGAUCGAGAAGGCGGCAGGGUUAGCUCCUAAUGUCAGAACACGCUCAGUCUCCACCGCCCCAUCAGUGCCCUCUCACCCGGUUGUAACCCUGCAGAACAUUGCCCCUCGCCCUCAGCUGCCCCCUCCACCUGCCUCUGUUUCCAGAGAUAAACGCAGGGAGAACAGGCCUGUUGCUGAAGGGUGGGCACCUAAACUCACCCUAGAGUCUAAAGAUGGAGGAGGAGGAACCAGAGCGAAGACUGCAGUCAAGAAGCCUCCAAUCAAUCAAGGCGCUAAAGUUAAUAUGACGGACAAACCGAACAUCUUCUUCUCUCCAAAGGACAAAGUGACCUUUACAAAGUUUGACCGUAAUGCUGUCCCUAAAGUAACACCUGCAGUGAUUCCCGGAGAAGGACCCUCACCAGUCCCCAAGCCCUCCAAAGGAGCAAAAGUGCGAGAUGUUGGCAGAGCAGGCCAAAAAAAGAAAGUCCGAAUGGCACGGACCCGCUCCGACUUCCUCACCCGCGUCCCCAUCGUCUCAGUUGGGGAAGAUUCAGACGAGGAUGACACCCCCCGUCAUCACUCUCUUCCCCUCUCCAAUCCGAGCUCCCCGGAGGCGGGCUUAAGAGAGCCCUGUUUCAGUGACUCAGACAUGCCUGCUAGCUCUGAGGAGCAGAAGAAGACACACAAAGCCAUGUCGUCAGGAGAUCUGGGCAAAGGGGACUCCCUGCGCAAAAACUCACAAGAUGGAAGGGUUCGUAGGAUGCGCUUCUGGGGCAAGACAAAGUAUGGGGAAAAGAAGACUUCCAGAGAAAAGCUGAUCUGUGGUGGUGACUCUUUGGAUGGAGACUAUGGAGAGACUGGGCCAUUGCUGGGAGAGGGUCAGGAGAACAUGUCGCCGCCCUGCAGUCCUGAUAUGAUGUUAGAUCGAGGGUUCAGAGACUUGAAGGAGAACAAGGAGCCUUCUCCCAAGGUGAAGCGGCGGCGCAGCGUUAAGAUCAGCAGCGUGGCUCUGGAAUCGACUCAGUGGCAGAACGACGCUCUGCAGAUCCUCACCUGCACCAACGACUACAGGAGCAUGAACGACUUCCUCAUGAAGAAGAUCAACGACUUGGAUACGGAGGACAGUGAGAAGGACACCAUGGUGGAUGUUGUGUUUAAAAAGGCUUUGAAGGAAUUCCGUUUGAAUAUCUUCAACUCUUACUCCACGGCUCUUGCAAUGGACGACAAUAAGAGCAUCCGCUACAAAGACCUCUACGCUCUGUUUGAGCAGAUCUUGGAGAAGACCAUGCGACAGGAGCAGAGGGACUGGAGAGAGUCUCCUGUCACAGUGUGGGUCAACACCUUUAAAGUGUUCCUGGAUGAGUUCAUGACUGAGUACAAGCCUCUGGACAGCACAAUCAGCAGGGUACCUAAACCUGAGCGUAAAAAGAUGAGGAAGAAGGACACGGAUAUUGUGGAGGAGCAUAACGGACACAUCUUCAAGUCCACCCAGUACAGCAUCCCCACAUACUGUGAAUACUGCUCAUCACUCAUCUGGAUGAUGGACCGUGCCUGUGUGUGCAAAUGUAAGUAUGCAUUGUACUGGAGAAAGCUGCAGAAGAGGAAGAUAGACUUGAGGAUAUUACAGACCAACAAACCAAUAGUACAAGGUUUGCUGGUCGCUAUAAAAGAGUGUGAAGACCAGUGGGAGUACCAUGAAGUUGGCCUUGGUGGGAUCAACUGGUGA